GGGCAAGGACAAGCACUUCUUGCCUGUUCGUUGUCGACACCUCGCCCACUCUUUCUCACCUUGCCGUGUUUCCUUUGCGGCAUGUCUGGGAGUUUACGUGCGUUCCAACACCGGGGCCUCCGUCUUUAUGCUGAUCUGUGGACGUCCCUUAUGGGGGGUUUUGUCGUUUAUUUCACCAUUCCCUCAUUGAAAUACGUUCUAACCUUUAGUUAUUGUGCAUCAUGCUGUGGUGAAUAACUUUGCUGGCACCUCACUGUUUGCAUAAAUUCCUAGUACUGGGACUGCUAGGUCCAAAAGUAUAUGCAUUUAACGCUUUAAUUAUCCCUCAUAAAUGUUGUGCAGUUAAUACUCCCACUGACAUGUGAUCGUACCCGUCUCCAUAGUAAUUGCAUCUAAGAACUGAGGCUACAUAGGAAAAAAUCUUAAGGUCCAUGGUUGUUAGGUAUCAGAUGCCCUAUAAUGGAUGAAUAUUUAAGUAAAUAAUGGCACAUUGACUUGCUGUCUGACACAACUGCUGAAAAUGUUGGUGAAAAGUGAGUCUCGAAGUGGUAGCUCACACUUGUAAUACCAGCACUUUCGGAGGCUGAGACGGGGAUCGCCCGAGGCCAGGAGUUCAAGACCAGCCUGGGCAACAUAACGAGACCCCCAUCUCUACCAAAAAUUUAAAAAUUAGCCGGGCAUGGUGGCGCAAGCCUGUUGUCCCAGUUACUCCUGAGACUAAGGCAAGAGGAUCCCUUGAGUCCAGGAGUUCAAGGCUGCAGUGAGCUAUGAUUGAGCCACUGCACUCCAGCCUGGCUGACAGAGCAAGACUCUUAUCUACCUGUGGGAAAAAAAAAGAAAAAAGUUUAAUAGAUCCUGAAGAGUUGGCCGGGCGCGGUAGCUCAUGCCUGUAAUCCCAGCACUUUGGGAGGAUGAGACGGGUGGAUAACGAGGUCAGGAGUUCGAGACCAGCUGGGCCAACAUGGUGAAACCCCAUUUCUACUGAAAUUACAAAAAUUAGCCGGGCGUGGUGGCGGGUGCCUGUAGUCCCAGCUACUCGGGAGGCUGAGGCAGGAGAAUGGCGUGAACCUGGGAGGCGGAGCUUGCAGUGAGCCGAGAUCGCGACACUGCACUCCAGCCUGGGCAACAGAGCGAGACUCCGUCUCAAAAAAAAAAAAAAAAAAAAAAAAAAACAAAUCCUUGCUACCACUGGCCCUAAAGCAGGAGGCAUAGGGCUGCGUGUGAGGAGUGGUCCAUUGCAUGGGCUUCCUCCAGUUUGGCUUUGGAUUUUUGAGCUCUCUGAAUUUGUUGUUUGUGUCCUUUGCACAGUGUCCCUCCCAGGUUGCACCCAUGCCUGCCCCUCAGGGUCCCCCACUCCCAGUGAAUUUCACACCAUGCAGCAUGUACUUUAAGCCAUACGUCUUACUUAUGUUCCAGACAUUUGGUAAAACGCCGUUUAUGUGUUUUUCAGUGACUCACAAACAUUUUAUUUACGUAGAUGAGGAAUGUACUCAGGCACCCUUCGUGAUACCUUGCCCUCAGCAGGCACUCAACAGCAAUAAUAACUUUCAUUCCUUUUGUGCUUGUCUUAACAGUUCGUGUUUAGUAGGAGCACGGUAGCUGUUUGGGGAAUGACCUUAAGUGAAUAGAUGUCUGAAAUGCUGUGUGAAGUGGGGCACUUAAUAGGUGUAUUAAAGGUGAAAGAAGGCCCAUAUCUUUUUCUGUGGGUGCUUCAAGUGUUGUUGGAAGUGGAGGCAGCAGUGACAAGGGGAAGCUUUCCCUGCAGGAUGUAGCUGAGCUGAUUCGGGCCAGAGCCUGCCAGAGGGUGGUGGUCAUGGUGGGGGCCGGCAUCAGCACACCCAGUGGCAUUCCAGACUUCAGAUCUCCGGGGAGUGGCCUGUACAGCAACCUCCAGCAGUACGAUCUCCCGUACCCCGAGGCCAUUUUUGAACUCCCAUUCUUCUUUCACAACCCCAAGCCCUUUUUCACUUUGGCCAAGGAGCUGUACCCUGGAAACUACAAGCCCAACGUCACUCACUACUUUCUCCGGCUGCUUCAUGACAAGGGGCUGCUUCUGCGGCUCUACACGCAGAACAUCGAUGGGCUUGAGAGAGUGUCGGGCAUCCCUGCCUCAAAGCUGGUUGAAGCUCAUGGAACCUUUGCCUCUGCCACCUGCACAGUCUGCCAAAGACCCUUCCCAGGGGAGGACAUUCGGGCUGACGUGAUGGCAGACAGGGUUCCCCGCUGCCCGGUCUGCACCGGCGUUGUGAAGCCCGACAUUGUGUUCUUUGGGGAGCCGCUGCCCCAGAGGUUCUUGCUGCAUGUGGUUGAUUUCCCCAUGGCAGAUCUGCUGCUCAUCCUUGGGACCUCCCUGGAGGUGGAGCCUUUUGCCAGUUUGACCGAGGCCGUGCGGAGCUCAGUUCCCCGACUGCUCAUCAACCGGGACUUGGUGGGGCCCUUGGCUUGGCAUCCUCGCAGCAGGGACGUGGCCCAGCUGGGGGACGUGGUUCACGGCGUGGAAAGGCUAGUGGAGCUCCUGGGCUGGACAGAAGAGAUGCGGGACCUUGUGCAGCGGGAAACUGGGAAGGUACAGACUGCUGAGGAGGACCAUCCAAGGGGCUGCCCUUCUCACUGCUCUAGGCUUGAUGGACCAGACAAAUAGGAUGAUGGCUGCCCCCACACAAUAAAUGGUAACAUAGGAGACAUCCACAUCCCAAUUCUGACAAGACCUCAUGCCUGAAGACAGCUUGGGCAGGUGAAACCAGAAUAUGUGAACUGAGUGGACACCCGAGGCUGCCACUGGAAUGUCUUCUCAGGCCAUGAGCUGCAGUGACUGGUAGGGCUGUGUUUACAGUCAGGGCCACCCCGUCACAUAUACAAAGGAGCUGCCUGCCUGUUUGCUGUGUUGAACUCUUCACUCUGCUGAAGCUCCUAAUGGAAAAAGCUUUCUUCUGACUGUGACCCUCUUGAACUGAAUCAGACCAACUGGAAUCCCAGACCGAGUCUGCUUUCUGUGCCCAGGUGAACGGCAAGCUCGGCAUCUGUUGGUUAGAAGAUCCAGACUUGGGCCGAGCAGCCCCCAGCCCUCUUCAUGUUCCAAAGUGUAGUCUUGAGGCCCUGGUGCUGCACUUCUAGCAUGUUGGUCUCCUUUAGUGGGGCUAUUUUUAAUGAGAGAAAAUCUGUUCUUUCCAGCAUGAAAUACAUUUAGUCUCCUCAAAGGGACUGCAGGUGUUGACAUGAGUUGGAAAGGGAACCCUGGGAUACAUGGCGUCCCCUCUAUUGGAACAGUCUGAGGACUGAAGGCAUUUGUCCCUGGAUUUAUUGGAGACGGCCCAGCUCCUCCCUCUGAAGGUGGUCACAUUCUGUUGACUCUCCAUACUCAGCCUCUCCUCCAGAAACAGAUCUGUUUCAGAACAUUCCAGCACUUUCUAUCUGGCCUCCUUGUCCCCACACUACGUCCCCCCACCCUCGCCAGGGCUUCCUCUAGUGACACUGUUAGAGCUAAUCUCUGAGACAGGGAAGGCAUUACUCACUUAAAACCCAGGCUGAGUCCUGGCCACCUGCUGGAUUGUGACAUAGGAGGUGGAAUCCACUGAACUGCUACUUCUGCACAGGCUCCUUCUCCUGGGGCUGCACCAAGGCCCAGCCCUGAUGGCUCACCCUGUCAGGCACCAGCUGCUCCCUCCUGGGCUCUCACCCACCUGCACAUCCUCCUUCCUAGCAUCACAUUACCUGUGUGUUUCCCCAGACAAAAGCACUUCCCAUUCUUGAACCUUGCCUACCCUGGGCUGAGCUGACGGGAAUAGAUUUAAUGACAGUGACUCCCAGGAAGGGGGUCCUGUGACUUUGCUCCUUAAUAAGAACAAAAGGUGGGAUUGGUGACCUAGGAAAACUGCUGAAUUCUAAAAAGAAUGAAGUUAGUUUCUAACCCUAGUUAAUGUUCCUUUUUUAUUUUUUGAGUCUUGCCCUGUCACUCAGGGUGGAGUGCAGUGUUACGAUCUCAGCUCACUGCAACUUCCGCCUCCCGGGUUUAAGCGAUUCUCCUGGGUAGCUGGGAUUACAGGUGUGUCCCACCACACCUAGCACAUGGACAUAUUUGUAAUAGAGACAAGGUUUUGCUAUGUUGGCCAGGCUGGUCUCGAACUCCUGGCUUCAAGUGAUCCACUCACCUCGGCCUCCCAAAGUGCUGGGAUUACAGGCAUGAGCCACUGUGCCUGGCCCCUUUAUUUGAUAAUUUACACAUACAUUUUUGUCCAAAACUCUUCUUUAUUUCAAGAUGAUGUUUCUGUGGCUAUGUGUGGUAUGUGGUAUAAAUCUCAAUCUAUGGUCA